GAACUUUACAAUAAAACAAGGUGAAAAACAUGAAAAUCAAACGUGAAAAUCACGAAGAUGGCCCACACUCAGAGAAACGCAGCCGACACGGCGAUGAUCAAGUUCGCAUUUUAAUACCCAGCAAUAUUGCCGGUGCUAUUAUAGGCAAAGGUGGCCAACACAUACAGAAAAUGCGUACACAGUAUAAAGCCACUGUGUCUGUCGACGAUUCCCAAGGCCCCGAACGAACAAUUUUGAUAUCAGCCGAAUUGGAUGAUACCAUAUCAAUUAUCACGGAUAUGAUGAAAUACUAUGAAGAGCGUGAUAAUGAAUACGAUGUUCGUCUACUCAUUCAUCAGAGUUUGGCCGGUUGCAUCAUCGGCAAAGGCGGUCAAAAAAUCAAAGAAGUUCGUGAUGUAAGUACCGUAUUUUU